AUGCACAGCACUGAGCUGUCCACAGUGGUGUCAAGACUCAGAGAGCUGAUGACCCUGUUCAAUCCGGCACUGAUUAGUCCUCCGUCAGACGAAACAAACCUGUACGCCUCUCAGUUUGUACAACACAGCACGCUGUUGGAGCAGGCCAAGGACGUGUCCCUCUACCUCCAAAACAGUCAGGUCAUUGAUGCGGACAGAGACUGGAAGCUGCUUCUUCUCUUUGUUCAGAUGGAUCAGCUCUGUGCCUGUGAGCAGGUUCAGUCUGUCAUCAAAGCCGUAGUUGAAGAGGUAGAUGAUGCUCUGCAGUUGUUGCACACUCAGCUGAAGCGGACCAUCGUCAGUGUGGCAUUGUGGGAUGGAGAGCAUGACAGGUUCUACAACAAGAUGUGUCCAUGCAUGGGGACAAACAGUGAAGGAGAUAUCAGACUUCAGAGGGCCAUACUGAGUCAGGCUCUGCAGGAGUCCUUGGAUCAACUUUUGGUGAAGAAGCGCUGGUACGGAGACAGAGAUGACUUCGCUGUCAUUGUGCAGGACACACCUUUCAUCACAGACCCUUCAUCUAGUGGAAAGCCUCUCUCUGAGUCGCAAGCAUCACAACAAACUGAUAACCUGAUGGUGCAGAUGUGGACAAACCUGCUGCAGCCCACCAGUGGCCAACACAGCACAGAAGACAAUGGAAAGAUUAUUGCAUUGCCAUGUCCAACUGAGGACCGGCCCUUCCUGAGGACGGAGGGAAAUUCGCCUUCAUAUCACUACAGUGAUGCCUCUCCUCUCCUUCUCCCAUUUACAGGUACAGAGAUGCCCUGUGAGGACUUUAGCCCCUCAUCCUCCACACCCAGCUCAGUCCAUGAACUCAGGCCUGGAGAUAUCAAAGUGGUGGCUGCUGUGGGAGACUCUCUGACAGCUGGUAAUGGUAUAGCAUCCAGCUCUAACAACGUCCUGGAUGUCCUGCGUCAGUACAGAGGUUUAUCCUGGAGUAUUGGUGGAGAUGGAAACCUCACAACGGUCACCACGCUGCCCAACAUCUUAAAACAUUUUAACCAAAACCUGACGGGCUACUCUGUUGGCACGGGCAAGCAGCAAACUCCUGAGGCUUUCCUCAACCAGGCCGUAGCCGGAGCUAAGAGCAAGGACAUACCAAAACAGGUCCGAACCCUGGUAGCAAGGAUGAAGAAUGACUCUAGAAUCAAUUUUGAAUCAGAUUGGAAGGUGAUCACCAUCUUUAUCGGUGGAAACGACGUCUGUGACCAUUGCUACAACUCUCUGCUCUACUCUGUAGAGAAUUAUGCCCGCAAUGUUCGCGACAGCCUGGAUUAUCUUCACAAAGAGGUGCCUCGGGCUCUGGUGAACUUAAUAGAGCCUCUCCAUAUUACCCCACUGAGAGAAAUGCACAUGGACACUUCACUUAAAUGCCCAACAUGGCUAGUAAAUAUACUGUGUCCUUGCGUUAUCCUGCCAAAGGCCAACUCUAAAGCCCUUCAAAUGGUGGAGGACAUCAAUAGAGGCUAUCAGCGUUCACUGCUUGAGCUUGUGGAGUCAGGUCGCUAUGACACUCGCUCAGACUUCACUGUGGUUGUCCAGCCUUUCUUCAGAGACAUCAUCUUUCCCAGACUGCCGGAUGGCCGUGCCGAUCGCUCCUUCUUCAGUGCUGAUUGCUUCCAUCUCAGCCAGAAGGCCCAGACGCUGAUGGCUCGCUCCCUCUGGAACAACAUGCUGGAACCUCUGGGCAGUAAGACUUCCGUACAGGAUUUUAUUGAGAACAUUAACCUGAAAUGUCCAAACAAGACUUCCCCAUACAUACGGACCUAUAACAACAGCAAUUACAUGUAUGCUGGUCCCUCUCCAACACCUGGACCUAUCACAAACUGGGGAAGUGACUUCUCUUGUGUGGACCUUGCUCCAUCUGACACUGCACCAACCUCAGUUCACAAGCUGAGACCAGGAGACAUCACGGUGGUGGCAGCACUGGGAGACUCUUCAACGGCAGGUACUGGCGCUAAAGCAAAGAACCUGUUUCAACUCAAUACAGACUACAGAGGAGUAUCGUGGAGCAUCGGAGGGGAUAAAACUCUGGAGACUGUUACAACACUACCAAACAUCUUGAAGAAGUUCAACCCCUCCUUAAAGGGUUUCUCCAGAGGCCAGGGCUUGUUACAGAAGGGUUUCAACAUGGCUGUACCUGGAGCUAAGACCUCAGUGAUCCCAGAACAAGUCCAAGUUCUCAUCAAGGCCAUGAGAGAAAAAAAGGAGGUGAAUUUUGAAAAGGACUGGAAACUUGUGACAAUAUUCGUUGGGGGGAACGAUCUUUGCCAUUACUGCCUGGACCAAAAUAACCUGUCACCCAAGAACUAUAGUCACAAUCUUAUGAUCAGUUUGGACAUGCUUUACAAAGAGGUACCAAGGUUGUUGGUUAAUGUCGUGGAGCUCUUGCAGAUAGAUCCACUAAAGACAGUUAAGAAAGACACACUUGGCUGUUCCCUCUUGCAAAGGACCAACUGUCCUUGUGUUAUCAACCCAGUUGAAAACUCCCCAGAGCUCGAAGAGCUCAAACGCAUCAACCACGAGUAUCAGGCUGAGAUCCAGCAACUUAUUUCUGGAAAUCGUUACGAUGGAAAGGAAGACUUUGCUGUUGUCCUUCAACCCUUUUUACACAAUUUAUUUAUCCCUCAUAUUGGAGUGGGUGAGGCUGACUCGAGUUUCUUCUCUUUGGACUGUUUCCACAUCAGCGAGCGAGCUCAUGCUGAGAUGGCUAUUUCCCUGUGGAACAACAUGUUGGAGCCUGUAGGCAGAAAACAGACCUACAAUAACUUCACAUAUGACCGCUCCAAGAUUCACUGUCCCUCUGAGGCCAGUCCCUUCAUCUUCACUAAGGUCAACAGCCUAACACCAGUGACCACCAACCCCUCCACGACCAGCUCUCCUGUGUCAGACUCCUUCAUCAGCACCAUAGAAACCAUUCCUGUGCCCAAGUGUCCCUCCUCUAUGCCUGUGUGGGUGCCAGUGAUUGUGGGAAUCAUCAGCUUACUGGCUGGCGUUACUGUUGCCUGGUUAAUUCUGUCCCGCUGUCAGCGUCGUGAAAACAAAGCGGAGAGAGCGGUAGAAAUGCAAGGGACUGGUUUUUAAUGCAUUUGUUCUUGUCAAGCUGUGUUUAUUAUCAACAGUAUAUAUUUAAGCCUUAAAGCUGCAGCAUGCGUUUUAGGCCACUAGAGGGCAGAAAAGUAGACUCCAGAGGAAACACCCACCUGUCUGAAUGAAAGUGAAAUAUUCAGUUGCAUCAGGGUCCUGGUUCGAUCCACCGGUUCUUGACAAAAUGAUCUGUCUCUCUUUGUUCUUUGAGAUGUUUGACUUUAUUCACCAGCUGCUUGUUAACUUAAGCUCUUAGCUGUUUUACUGGAGCCAGGUAGCAUGCAGCAUGUCUGAAGUUGUGCUGUGAGAGCAGCUGUUAUUUAAGGAGUGACAGUGUGAGCUAGUGAAACUCAACCCAACAAACAAAAACAAUGGGAUGUAGAUUCUCAGUGGGAUUGGCAGUACUACAGUAGCAGUCUGUUUACCUUAGAGACUAAUGUGAUUAGUUAGUUCAAAAAAUAUUACUUAAUGGUGCGUAAAACAAACAAAUAUGUAAAACAUUUAUAAUUUUUAUACUGCUCUGAAAUUGUGAAAUGUCCCAUAUGUAAUUGACAGAAUCCAGAUGUUUUGUAAAUUUUUCUUUACUCAUUUUUAUUUAUUGAUGAAAUAAAAUUACAAUGCUCGAAUUAUGGUCGAUGUACUCUGUACUCAACAGUGUCGUACCCACUGAAACAACAAGGAGUUCCCACACAAUGUAUUCUAAUUACUUUGGUGAUUCCUUGACUUUUCCUAUAGCGCCACCAUGAGGUUGACAUUUGUGAUUUGAAGUGAAAUGUCUCAACAACUAUUGGAUGGAUUGCCAUUCAUUUCUUUUUGGUCUGGAUAUUCAUGUUCCCCUCAGGACGAACUGUUAUAACUUAGAUGAUCCCUUCAGUUUUUACCGAGCACCAUAAUCAGGUCAAGCUUUGAAUUUGUCCUCAGCUUUACAAGAUAAACUAGUAAACAUGGCAACAAUAUACCAGCUAAACAUCAGCAUGUUUGUAUGUUGACAACAGAAUUUAGCUCAAUGCAUAAAGUACAGCCUCAUAAAGCCUUUAGUCUAAACUGAUCUGUGACCCAUUUUAAAAGAUGUAUUUCUUCAACAUACCAAUGGGUUUGGUGCAGAGUGCCAUUUUGGUCUUUUCAUGGGAUUUGUUGACAACAAGAAAAACACAUAUUAACACUUAUUUUUCCAGAAGUCCUCACAAUCAACACUGAAUGACUGAAUACUAAACUUGUUUGGAGUUACUGUCUCAUUAAAGCAUGAACUAAUGGAAGCAUGAAAGUUAAAAACAUAACAGAAUGAGGAGUAAAUGGCAGAGUUUACUCCACCAUUAAAACGUUGCAGUGUAUUUGCAUGUAAACGAAACCUUUGCUCUUGGUUUCCAUCUGGUAGCGGUUUGUUUCACCCAAGUCUUUAGAAUUUGUGUCACAACAUGACUGAUGGAUUUUUUAAUUUUAAUUAAAAAGCACAAAGCUUUACAACUUACCCUCUGAGGUCUGAGAAAUGUAGCUACAUAUAGCAUAUUUUACACCAUUUUUAUAACCAAGGUGUUUUAUAUAUUUAUAAUAUUUAAUAAUAAUAAUAUUUAAUAAUAUAAUAUUUUCUAAUUUGGGUGAAACUGACCUCUUCAACUCAAACCGCACAAACUGAGACAGCCUCAGUUCAAAUGUAGUUAUGUUCCCAGUUCAAAUGUAGCUGGAAAGCUAAUAUUUUUAAAAUAAAGGCAGAAAUUCCUGAAAUAUCUAUUAGUACUUUGUAAAAACCGUUUGUUGUGCAUUACCCCUAUAUUAAUUAUCCUAUUACUCAUUUGAAUAUAACCUGACUUAAAUUAAUUAAACUAAUUAAAUAUUCUAGAACAACUUUGAGUUUUAUUAGUUUUUUCCUCAGUUAUAUUACACACUGUAUCUUGUGGUGUGAUUUUAUAUCACAUUAUAUUCUGUAGCCUAUAUUACUGUAUUU